AUGGCGCAGCAUCACACCAAAAUCAAUCUAGUGCGCAUCGCACAUGUGUACUACACGCACUCCGAUCUCGCCAAAGCACGCGAAUUCCUUUCCGACUUUGGCUUUACAGUAGCCGAUGACCGGGGCGACACCGUCUACUACAGGGGCUAUGGGACCGAGCCGUUCGUCUACUGCGCCAAGAAAGGUGAAGCAAACGAGUUCGGCGGCGCGGCCUUCCUAGUCGAGUCCAUGGCGGAUUUGGAACUGGCUUCCAACACGCUGCCCCAGGCCACGGCCAUCGAAGACUCGGACGCGCCCGGCGGCGGCAAGCGGGUGACAUUCCGCGACCCUGUCGACAGCUUUCCGUUCCACCUGAUCUACGGACACACCCUGGUGGAGAAGACGGCCCACCUCCCGGAGCUCAACUACAACUACCCCGAGACCAAGCACCGCGCCGUCAACAAGACGCAGCGCUUCAAGCAGGGCCCCGCCCCCGUGCACAAGUUGGGUCACUUCGGAUGCUGCGUCACCGACUUCGUCAAGGCGUUCGAGUUUUACACGACUCGCUUCAACUUAAAGCCGACAGACAUCAUCACGGACUCCACAGGCAAAGACAUCACGGCAUUCUUCCAUCUGGACAGGGGGAUGGAGCAGGUAGACCACCACACCUUUUUCUUCUUUGAGGGACCCAAGUACCAUGUCCAUCACUCCAGCUUCGAGGUCCACGACUUCGACAUCCAGUCGCUGGGGCACCAGUGGCUGCGUGAGAAGGACUACGAUCUUGUCUGGGGCGUCGGGAGGCACGUGCUUGGCUCGCAAAUCUUCGACUACUGGUGGGACCGCUCGGGUUUCGUCAUGGAGCAUUAUGUGGAUGGAGACUUGGUUGAUGAGACCACGCCGGUUACCAGAUCGCCCGCGGGGCCAGAUAGUUUGCAUAUCUGGGGACCGCCGUUGCCGCCCACGUUUUUGCAAUGA